GCCACGGCGAGGACGGCUGUGCAACCAAAGAACCUGGACAGCGGAGCGCCGGCGGGUCGCGGUUGGAUCGCAGGCGCCUGUGAGCUGCGAGCUUGAGAGGCCGCCGAAGCCCAGGCCAGGCAGAGGAAGGAAGCGAGCCGCUCCGGAGGUGAAGCUGAGAGGGGAGUGUGGCAGUAAAAUCAGACGACAGAUGGACAGUGUGACAAGAACGUCAGAAAGGAUCGGGCCUCGCUGCGAGAGUCAGCCUGGAGUCGAGGUGUUGACAGGCCGCUGAGAAGGACACCAGGGCGGACUGCGGCAUGCCGAGGGAGUAAAGCCUUGUCUUCAGUCACACCAUUGAUGGAGGACAGAUGGACAGCCGGACGGCCAGUCAGCUCUCUUAAGCCUUUGGAUAGCGGUCCUUCGUCCUCGGCUGGCCACCCGUUAGGGAUUUUAGCCCAUUCUGUGAACUCGCUUCCCCUCAAAACGUAAACUCAAGACUGCGGUGUACGAGCCGACUCCUCUGUUGCCCGGUGACAGAGCUGCAGACAUGAGCGCCGAAGGGUAUCAGUACCGAGCGCUGUAUGACUACAAGAAGGAGAGAGAGGAGGACAUCGACCUGCACUUGGGGGACAUACUGACCGUGAAUAAAGGCUCCUUAUUGGCUCUUGGAUUCAGUGAUGGCCAGGAAGCUCGGCCUGAAGAUAUUGGCUGGUUAAACGGCUACAAUGAAACCACCGGGGAAAGGGGAGACUUUCCGGGAACUUACGUUGAAUAUAUUGGAAGGAAAAGGAUUUCACCACCCACUCCCAAGCCCCGUCCCCCUCGGCCUCUUCCUGUCGCCCCGGGUUCUUCAAAAACUGAAGCAGACACGGAACAACCAGCUUUCACCCUUCCCGAUCUGGCUGAGCAGUUCGCCCCUCCUGAUGUCGCCCCUCCUCUUCUUAUCAAGCUCCUAGAAGCCAUCGAAAAGAAAGGACUGGAAUGUCCGACUCUCUACAGAACACAGAGCCCCAGCAGCCCUGCAGAAUUACGACAGCUUCUUGAUUGUGAUGCCGCCUCAGUGGACCUGGAGAUGAUCGAUGUCCAGGUGUUAGCAGAUGCUUUCAAACGCUAUCUCUUGGACUUACCAAAUCCUGUUAUUCCAGUAGCUGUUUACAAUGAAAUGCUGUCGUUAGCCCAAGAAGUACAAAGCCCUGAAGACUACAUCCAGCUGUUGAAGAAGCUCAUUAGGUCGCCUAAUAUACCUCAUCAAUAUUGGCUUACGCUUCAGUAUCUGCUUAAGCAUUUCUUCAAGCUCUCUCAAGCCUCCAGCAAAAAUCUUUUGAACACAAGAGUCCUCUCCGAGAUUUUCAGCCCUGUGCUUUUUAGAUUCCCAGCAUCCAGCUCUGAUAAUACUGAACACCUCAUAAAAGUGAUAGAGAUUUUAAUCUCAACUGAAUGGAAUGAACGACAGCCAGCACCAGCACUGCCCCCGAAGCCACCCAAGCCCACGACUGUAGCCAACAACGGCAUGAACAACAUGUCCCUACAGGAUGCUGAGUGGUACUGGGGAGACAUCUCAAGGGAAGAAGUGAACGAAAAGCUCCGAGAUACAGCGGAUGGGACCUUUCUGGUACGAGACGCGUCUACUAAGAUGCACGGCGAUUAUACUCUUACACUAAGGAAAGGAGGAAAUAACAAAUUAAUCAAAAUCUUUCACCGAGAUGGCAAAUAUGGCUUCUCUGAUCCAUUAACCUUCAACUCCGUGGUUGAACUAAUAACCCACUACCGGAAUGAGUCUCUCGCUCAGUAUAACCCCAAGCUGGAUGUGAAGUUACUCUACCCGGUGUCCAAAUACCAGCAGGAUCAAGUUGUCAAAGAAGAUAAUAUUGAAGCUGUAGGGAAAAAAUUACAUGAAUAUAAUACUCAAUUUCAAGAAAAAAGUCGGGAAUAUGAUAGAUUAUACGAGGAAUACACCCGUACGUCCCAGGAAAUUCAAAUGAAAAGAACAGCUAUUGAAGCAUUUAAUGAAACCAUAAAAAUAUUUGAAGAGCAGUGCCAAACCCAGGAGCGGUACAGCAAAGAAUACAUAGAAAAGUUUAAACGUGAAGGCAACGAGAAAGAAAUUCAAAGGAUUAUGCAUAAUUAUGAUAAGCUAAAGUCCCGCAUCAGUGAGAUCAUUGACAGUAGGAGGCGGCUGGAGGAAGACUUGAAGAAGCAGGCGGCUGAGUACCGCGAGAUCGACAAGCGCAUGAACAGCAUUAAGCCAGACCUCAUUCAGCUGAGGAAGACAAGAGACCAAUACUUGAUGUGGCUCACGCAGAAAGGUGUUCGGCAGAAGAAGCUGAACGAGUGGCUGGGCAACGAAAACAACGAAGACCAAUACUCACUGGUAGAAGACGACGAGGACCUGCCCCACCACGAUGAGAAGACUUGGAAUGUCGGAAGCAGCAACCGCAACAAAGCCGAGAAUCUAUUACGAGGGAAGCGAGAUGGCACUUUUCUUGUCCGGGAGAGCAGUAAGCAGGGCUGCUACGCCUGCUCUGUGGUGGUAGACGGCGAAGUCAAGCAUUGCGUCAUCAACAAGACUGCCACCGGCUACGGCUUUGCUGAGCCCUACAACCUGUACAGCUCGCUGAAGGAGCUGGUGCUACAUUACCAACACACGUCCCUCGUGCAGCACAAUGACUCCCUCAACGUCACACUAGCAUACCCGGUAUAUGCACAACAGAGGCGAUGAAGCGCGCUGCCCUCGGAUCCAGUUCCUCACCUUCAAGCCACCCAAGGCCUCUGGGAAGCCAAGGGCUUCUCUCUCCAGCCCGACCUGUGAACUGAGCUGCAGAAACGAAGCCGGCUGUCUGCACGUGGGACUCGAGCUUUCUUGGACAAAAAGAAGUCGGGGGAAGACCCAGCAGCCUAAGGGCUGUUGGAUGAUUAGACAUUUCUAACCUUGUUCUUUUUCUUUCUUUCUUUUUUUUUAAUUUAAAGCCACAAACCAACACACAGAGAAAAAGAAAUGCAAAAAUCUCUCCGUGCAGGGACAAAGAGGCCUUUAACCAUGGUGCUUGUCAAUGCUUUCUGAAGCUUUACCAGCUACAAGUUGGAACUUUGGAGACCAGAAGGUAGACAGGGCUGAAGAGCCUGCGCCUGAGACCGCUUGGUCCAGCCUGGUUUAGCCUGGGUGUCGCUGGGCGUGGUGAACCCAGACACGUUGCACUGUGGGUUAUUUCCUUUAUAAUGGACGAACGAUAUGGAGCAGAGAGGCGCAUCUGCUCCCACGGGACACUUUGAGAGAACACCGACAUGGUAUGUUCGGAGGAAAAACAGAAACACCGGAAAAUGUCUUGCUUAAAACUUGUGAAAGCAACCACAAAAACAUGAGUGUGGACAAGGGGACUUGAAAAUGACAUUCAGUAUAUAAAAUAUGUAUAUAAUAUUGGGUGACUAACUAUCAAAUAGAUGGAUUUGUAUCAAUACCAAAUAGCUUCUGUUUUGUUUCGCCGAAGGCUAAGCGUGCAGCGCUAUGCAAAUCUUCAUUUUUGUUAUGUUCUUACCAGUUUCAAAUACACCUUCAGAAUAAGCUUCCUUCAUCCCAAUUUUUUUUUUGUUGCUUGAAAAUACUGUUUCUCGUUUUUGUUAAUAUUUGUUUUGUUAUUCUUACUUUUUUUUUUUAAAAAAAAAGAAAUGUACAGGAUGCCAGAAAGGUAAAUGGCUUAAGAAUUAAAACUAUGAAAUAUUUUACAGUUUCUCUUGUACAGAGUACUUGGCUGUUAGCCCAAGGUUAAAAAGUUCAUAACAGAUUUUUUUUUUUGACUAAAUGUUGGGCAGGGCCUGAUAAGCUUCAAAGCUGCUUUAUUCAAUAAAAAAGAAAAAGAAAAUGA